AUGGUUGCGGGGGUUCGUGCCACGGACGAUGAUUUACAGUUGAAGGCUGUGUCAAAAUUUUGGGACCUGCUUGAUGGAAACCCUCCUCCGAUCGCUCAAGUGAUUCAAUCCGGGGUUGUUCCCAGAUUCGUUGAUUUUUUGCACAAGGAGGAUUCUCCUCAGCUUCAACUGCUGGAACCUUUAAAGGACACCAAAGUGGUCAUUGAUCAUUCAGCAAUGCCAGGGUUUGUGAAGCUGCUUGCUUUGCCAUUUGAUUUUGUUAAGGAGGAGGUACUUGCUAGAAUUUUAGGUAUGAAUCUAAAGAAGGAAGAAGAAGGCAGUCUGCAACGAGCUAAACCCGUUGCAAACUACCUGAUCCCGGAUUCAGGAGUUGACGUGCUGAAGUGGCUUGAUGGGUGCCCGGAUGGGUCAGUGAUCUACAUUUGUUUUGGGAGUCAGAAGUUGCUAAAUAGGCAACAAAUGGAGGUGUUGGCUUCCGGGCUCGAAAAGAGUGGAGUUCGAUUUGUGUGGGCUGUGAAAGAGGGCUCGGCCCAACAGAUUGAGGAAGGGCUCGGAGUUGUACCUGAUGGGCUUGAGGAAAGGGUUGCCGGCCGAGGAGUGUUGAUAAAGAGUUGGGUCCCCCAGGUGUUGAUCCUGAGUCAUCAGGCCGUAGGUGGAUUUAUCAGCCACUAUGGGUGGAACUCUGUGCUCGAAGCUAUGGUUUCGGGUGUGUUGAUAUUGGCCGUAGGUGCCAAUGGAGGCUGA